AUGUCUGCAACUGCUUGUGCACCCAAGACUAUGGAGGAACUCCAGCAUAUUUUGAAGGAUGAUAUCAAAGUCAAGGUUGCUGUUGACGGCGUCCUUCGUGGCAAGUUCAUGAGCAGAGAUAAAUUUAUCAGUGCAGCAUCGUCGGACGGAUUUGGCUUUUGCAGCGUCAUAUUUGGCUGGGACAUGCACGACACUGUCUAUUCACGAGAGCUACUAAUAUCGAACAAGGCCAAUGGUUACCGGGACAUCCUAGCACGUAUCGAUCUCUCCACGUACCGUCGCAUCCCCUGGGAAGACAAUGUGCCCUUCUUCUUGGUGUCUUUUUUGGAUCCCGACACAAAAGAACCACUCGUAGUUGACCCAAGAGGUAUUUUGAAGAUCACGACUGAGCGGGCGGCAUCACUAGGCUUCGAAUGUUUUGCUGGCGUCGAGUACGAGGUUAGGCAAACACCAGGGUCAUUAGCAGAGAAAAAAUACCAUGGCUUGAAACCGCUGACACCAGGAAUGCAUGGGUACUCCCUUCUGCGUACCCAACUGAAUAACGAUUAUUUUCACGAUAUUUUCAACUUGGGCACCCAAUUUGGCGUUGAUAUUGAAGGGCACCACACCGAAACCGGUCCUGGCGUCCUGGAGACCGCCUUGGCUUACACCACUGCUCUCCGAAUGGCUGACAACGCAAUAUUAUUCAAGUAUCUAGCGAAAAGUAUUGGUAUGCAGCGAGGAGUCAUUCCAAGCUUCAUGGCCAAGCCUUGGAGUAACCUUCCAGGCUGUAGCGGCCAUAUUCAUAUCUCUCUACGGAACAACCAGGGUCAGAAUAUAUUCGCGCUUCCCAGAUCUGACGUUGCUACAGGACGUGAGGGAGCUGCCUUCGAGGAUACCAAGUACAUAAGCGAAGCAGCUGAGCACUUCCUGGCCGGUAUUCUUGACGGCGUUGCUGAUAGCACCGUGCUAUUGGUCCCCACUAUCAACGGCUACAAGCGUCUAGUAGGCGGCGAAGCAUUCUGGGCACCGAACGCCGUUACAUACGGCUACGAUUCCCGUGCAGCAUCCAUCCGUAUCCUGUCACCACCUUCAGUUCCUCCCUCAGCAACGAGGUUUGAAGUCCGUAUACCUGGGGCUGAUAUGAAUCCAUAUUUUGCCUUGAGCGCAGUUUUCCUCCUCGGUCUGAGAGGCAUCGAGAAGAACCUCAAGCUUACAACACCGCCCAUCAGUCACUUUACGCCUGAGGAUAAGAAGAACGGGAAGGUGAAGAUGCUUCCGAUAUCACUGGAGGCUGCGACGACACGGAUGAUGAAGCCAGAAAGCAUCGCCAGGGAGUCAGGAAUGCUAGGUGAUGUUUUCGUUGAGCAUUACGGAGGAACGCGAGAACACGAGGUCAAGUUGUGGAACGAAGCUGUUACUGAUUGGGAGGUGGAACGCUACAUUGAGCUGGCAUAA